AUGAAGAUGUCAUUGGUUCGGCCUCUCAUAACGAGGCGUGGAUUCGGUUCGAGUUCUGAGAAAAUGACAGAUCCGAUGCGAGGGGGGAAAGGUGAUUAUCAAAUUGAUUAUGUGCCAGCACCACGAAUCACUGAAGCAAACAAAAACAAUGAUCUAAGGACACUACAAAGAGCUCUUGACAGAAGACUCUACCUUCUUCUCUACGGAAAUGCUUAUGGGGCUCCAAGCGGAAAGCCUGUAUGGCAUUUUCCAGAGAAAGUAUAUGAAUCAGAGGAACAACAUAGGAAGAAGCGUUUGACAGCAAUAAUAAUAAAGUCUGUUGUCUCUAUUCCCAAUAAAGCUAACAGCGGCGCCUUUGUUCUUUAG